AUGGUUAUUUUACGUGAUGGAAGAAAGUUAAUUGGGAUCCUUAGAUCAUUUGAUCAAUAUGCAAAUUUAGUUUUGCAGGAGACAAUUGAACGUAUUUAUGUUGAUCAAGUGUAUGGUGAUAUUCCACGAGGUGUUUUUAUCGUAAGAGGAGAAAAUGUUGUUCUUGUUGGAGAAAUUGAUCAGAACAAAAAGAAUGAUUUGAAUUUGAAGGAAGUUUCUGCUAUAGAAGCGUUUAAUAAACAAAAGAUACAAAAUGAUUUACGGAAAGCUAAAGAAAAAGUACAAUGUAGGGCUCUUUAUCAGUUGGGUUUUAGUGUAGAUCAUUAUCAUGAUGAUAUGUUUUAA